GGGCCGGCCGGGCUCUAUCCCUGACGUGUCUCUCGGAGGCCGCCGCCGCCUCUCGCUCUUUGCACCCGCCGGGCGGCCGCCAUGGGCAUUAAAUUUCUUGAAGUAAUCAAGCCCUUCUGUGUUAUUUUGCCUGAGAUCCAAAAGCCAGAACGAAAGAUUCAGUUUAAAGAAAAAGUAUUAUGGACAGCUAUCACACUCUUCAUCUUUUUAGUAUGCUGCCAGAUCCCCCUGUUUGGCAUAAUGUCAUCAGACUCAGCAGAUCCUUUCUACUGGAUGAGAGUGAUUCUGGCUUCAAAUAGAGGUACGUUGAUGGAACUGGGUAUUUCUCCUAUUGUCACUUCUGGGCUCAUCAUGCAGCUCCUGGCAGGUGCCAAGAUAAUUGAAGUUGGUGACACUCCAAAGGACAGAGCUCUGUUUAAUGGAGCACAGAAAUUAUUUGGAAUGAUCAUCACCAUUGGUCAAUCUAUAGUCUAUGUAAUGACUGGAAUGUAUGGAGACCCAUCCGAGAUGGGUGCUGGUAUCUGCUUACUUAUCACAAUUCAGCUUUUUGUUGCUGGAUUGAUAGUCCUGCUCUUGGAUGAGCUCCUGCAGAAAGGAUAUGGUCUUGGUUCUGGCAUCUCUCUCUUUAUUGCCACCAACAUUUGUGAGACUAUUGUAUGGAAGGCCUUCAGCCCCACCACUGUGAACACAGGACGAGGCAUGGAAUUUGAGGGAGCCAUCAUUGCUCUGUUCCACCUUCUGGCUACGCGUACAGACAAAGUCAGAGCUCUUCGUGAGGCCUUUUACCGCCAGAACCUGCCCAACCUCAUGAACUUGAUUGCCACCAUCUUUGUCUUUGCUAUCGUAAUUUAUUUCCAGGGCUUCAGAGUGGAUCUUCCUAUCAAAUCUGCUCGCUACCGUGGCCAGUACAACACCUACCCUAUCAAGCUGUUCUACACUUCCAACAUUCCCAUUAUUCUUCAGUCUGCCCUUGUGUCCAAUUUGUAUGUCAUCUCCCAGAUGCUUUCUGCUCGCUUCAGUGGCAACCUGCUGGUUAGCCUGCUGGGCACCUGGUCUGACAUAUCAUCCGGAGGCCCAGCUCGUGCUUAUCCCGUUGGUGGACUUUGUUAUUAUCUGUCACCUCCAGAGUCCUUUUCUUCAGUGUUGGAAGAUCCUGUCCAUGCAGUUGUUUAUAUUGUGUUCAUGUUGGGAUCCUGUGCUUUCUUCUCCAAGACAUGGAUUGAAGUCUCUGGCUCCUCUGCCAAGGAUGUUGCCAAACAGCUAAAAGAACAGCAAAUGGUAAUGAGAGGCCAUAGAGAAACCUCCAUGGUACAUGAACUGAACAGGUAUAUCCCUACAGCUGCUGCAUUUGGUGGUCUCUGUAUCGGCGCCCUCUCUGUCUUGGCCGAUUUCCUCGGCGCAAUUGGGUCUGGAACUGGAAUCUUGCUUGCCGUCACUAUCAUUUAUCAGUACUUUGAAAUUUUUGUAAAGGAACAGAGUGAAGUUGGAAGUAUGGGAGCCCUUCUUUUCUAAACGUGGCUUCUCAUGGACCCAGGAAGAGGGGAGGAACAUUCUUGAAAUAAGUCAGGUGAAAAGCAGUAAACUUGAGUACGUCAUUCUAUAGGAACAUGUAUUUUAAUAAUGUUUUCAAAGCGCAUUCCCUUAUGUUCAAACUUUUCUAGCAUACUCUUUGCAUUUUAUAAAUUGCUGGGGAAAAAUGUGCAAAAAUUUUUUUAAGAAAAUUGUUUUUUAAUUAUGUGUUAGGAAAAUCAGCUUUCUGAAUUGGAUUUAGUUCAGUCAGUCUUCAAUUUUUGUUUCAUCCCCUUUCAAAACAAGUAUACCCAAAGCCUUCACAGGUUUUACAAACAGUUAUGGGGGGACUGUGUGUUUGGAAGGGAUUUUUGGAAUUUAACUUGUGUUUGCAACUCCUUUGCAGUAGUGGUGAGAAAAAAAACUCUCCCUCUAAUGCUCGUGUUCAUAGUUAUGGUUGUAA